GAAUUUUGUUGUGCUUGGUAGAAAACAUUGUGAGCACGUGGAUUGUUGGAAUUUAAUUUAUUGAGUGAAAUUUAUAAGUAAUUUAUUUAAGUAAACUAAUUUUUUGGUCUAUUUAAUUUUCUUAAAUAGAAAGUGUUCCUAUUCUUUAUUGGAUCUUAAAUUUAUUGGUAAAAGUGGCUUAUUACAAUGGCCCCUUGUCGCCAGCUGCUUAUGUGGUCAGUGCCAUCAAUAGCAGUAUUACUAGGAAUUUUUUGGUUCAAGAAAAAGCGAGAAUACGCAAAAUCUGACCCAGGUGGAAGAGAAAAGAUAAAAAGUUUAAAAGAAGAGCUAGCAGAAGCUUUAAGUGCUGAAGCUGAACUCAUUCAAGCCUCUCCCCUGGCCAAAAUUGAGCGUUCCUUAAUUAAAUCAGCACCCAUAGAUAUAAUCCCCAAUGGGAGUGGAUCCCUUAGAUCUUCUCCCCUUGAAAUGACUGAUGAGGAAAUUGAUCUGGAAAUAGAGAAAAUUUCAAGAAAAAAAUCACUGGAGAAAGAAAAGAGAAUGUCUCUAAAUCCGGAGAGCAAGAUGGAGCAAUUCCUUCCUCUGAAUAAUUCUGUCAUUGUUGCACAUGCAACAACUCCAUGUUUGUCAUUCAAAUCUGAAAUAAUUUUCAACAAAAAUGAUGACAACAUGACCAAUGAACAUAUAGAAGACAACAAUGCAAACAUACACAUUGAUGAAGAUAUAUUGGUUGACUCAGUGCCCUUGCAGCCAGAUAGCACAAAAUGUGAUGAUGUGUCUGAGGACAUUGCAACUGAAGAGAGCACUGUGACUGAUAAUGAAGAUUUAACCGUUAAUAACAAUGUUGAGGAAUCUAAUAAUGUGGAGCCUAAUGAGAGUGGCAACAGAUUUUCAGCUUCACAGAAUAGAACAAUUUCAGAAAGAGAUUCUGCAAACCACAGCCCAGUGGAUCCAAUGUUAGCUAGCCCUUCAACAUGUAAUUUUUCAGAUAAUCAUAGUGAAGGUUCCAGUGAUAGUGGCAAAGGAUGCUCAGAAGCAGCCAGUCCGCCCCCUGUUAAUAUAAAUAUGAGAAUACACCAGUUUGUGAUACCACAGACCUUAGUUGGUCUGUUAAUAGGAAAAUUUGGUUCAUUUGUUACUAAAAUUAAAGCACAAACAGGUGCAACAGUUUAUGUUAGAAAACAUCCAGAUUUAUCCAAGCAAAAGAUAUGUGCAAUUGAAGGUACUCAAGGUGAAAUUGAAGCUGCAUUAGAGAUGAUAAAUGAAAAAUUCCCUGAGAAGAGAUUUCCAAACUUUUCCACACAAGAAAUUAGUGCAGAAUUAUAUCAAAGACUGAGUCCUUUAGUGCCAGAAUUCCUUCAAUUGCAGCUGGUGGAGUCGGUGAACAACGACACGAUCAUGACGUGCCUGGUGAGCGCGGGGCACUUCUUCCUGCAGCAGCCUCUGCACCCGACUUUCCCCUCACUGCACGCUCUGCAUCGCCUCAUGGCCUCCACUUAUCAGAAUCCGGACGUACCGGCGUUGCCGCGCCCGGUGAAAGAGGGCUCGAUAUGCGCCGCGCCCACUGAGAACAACUGGUACAGAGCACAAGUCAUUUCCACAUCGGAGGAGAAUGACACGUCAGUGGUGAAGCUGGUCGACUUUGGAGGCUACCUCACAGUGGACAAUGACCAGCUCAAGCAGAUCCGGUCUGACUUCAUGACGCUGCCUUUCCAGGCUACUGAAGCACUGCUUGCUUUUGUCAAACCGGCUAACAAUGAGGAGGAGUGGAGCGGUGAGGCGCUGCGCAUCAUGGCGGGGCUGACGGCGGGGCAGCUGCUGCACGCGCAGGUGGCCGGCUACGACGAGACGGGCGUGCCGCUCGUGCACCUCUACCUCACGCUCAGCCCUCAGCAAGUAAUAUUCCUGAACAGAGAGUUGGUGGACCGCGGGCUGGCCGAGUGGGACGUGCCGCCGGACUCGUGAGCGCCCGCCGCCGCGCGCAGCCCCGGCCCGCGCACCGACGCGCCGUGUGAGUCCCACACUGCGACUCGCGUAUGUCUCGUUCCUCAGUUGAAUUGGCACUCGUAGCUGAUUAAAUUUAUAAACGUUGCGAUUGGUGACUAGCGUUUUGGACGUACCUAUUUGAAUUGAAAUUGAAUGAAACCAUCAUUUCGAACAAUUUAUAUUUUACUCAUUGACUUAGAUGCGUACCAUUGCUGACUAAUUGUAACAUUUUUACGGGCCCAUGUUUACAUGGGCAGAUAUACUUUAAUAUUAUAUUUUAUGUAAGAACGCUGAAGGCCGUGUCGCGUAGGCCGCCGGUCGGGUCGUGCCUUGUCUGGACUGGACUAAACUGGAACUGAAUAUUGACAAGAGUGAGACCGCGACCCGCUCCUCGUAGGCGCUUGGCUUGACUUCACAUCUAAACUUCCCACAAAAUAUGAAUUAUUUAAAAUUAAAUACGCUUACGAAUGAACUAUAACUCUAGUUAUUGAUAGAAACGACAAAAAUAAACUAUACUUUCUCUAGAACUAGUAGUUAUAAUUUGGCGCUUGUGUAAGUUUAUCGUAAUAUUGCGUUUUUAGUCACCUGUUUUCGUAGUGAUCUUGUUAAGAGUUGGUCAGGAUGCUCAUUAUAAUACUAUUACAAAGCACUGCCGUCUGCAUUUUAAAUAAAUUGUUUACUUUACUUGGAAAUUUAUCUAUUUAUAAUUUUUACGCAGUGCCAAUAGCAGUUGUACUACUCAAUAGAACUGAUGUUUUAUAUUUAUUUUACUGAAUUAUGUAAAUCGCCUUUUGAAAAGUGGCCUUUUGAAAUAAAUACUCUAUUUCUUCCUCUUAACACUUGCUAUGUGUAUAUUGUGUAAAGUAUAAUGAAUUAUUGUACUACCUGCAUUUUGAAAAAAUGGUUGUAAAUCUAACUGUGACAAAUUACUCGUGUCCUGUGCAUAACUUAAUGUGUAAUUAUUAUUGUUAAAUAUUUAGUAAAUUAUCAAAGUACAAUUUAGUAUGGUGUGAAUGCAUUGAGUGGUAUUAAAAAAUAGAUUUGGAAUGAAAAAGUUGAGUCGCUUUAAGCCUUCACGGGUACCACUUUUGUCGUCUCAAUUGAAUUUGUUUGAAAUAUCAACAAAACAAAAGUAAUGUAUGUAUUGUUGUACAUAAUAGUUAGUACCAGCACCAGCCCGUCCGCAUACAAACCCACAAGUGACGUUUGUAAAAAUGUUUACGAACAUUACAGAUACUCAAUAUUAUUAUUAAAGUAGCAAAUAAAAAUGGCAACUUUUGGUUGUUUACACGAUUGUGGAAUCAAUAGUAUUCAUCUUCAUUAGUUUGAAUUAUACAAAUGUUUUAUUUAUUCAUCCAUUUGAAUGUCAAGUGUAUAUUAUUCACAUAAGCGCUUGUCUCACCGCCGACGAAAAACUAUCGACUAUUUUCUCGCUCAAGAAACGUACAAUAAGAUUCCGCGAAUUAACGCGAUACAUUCAUUAAACUAACAGUUGAUCCCUAACUUUACACGUCGUUUCGACGUCUUAGGGUUCAUUGACACGAGCGGCAACUCUACUGACGACCGCAGUCAACUGCAGUCGGUGACGUCUCUGCGGCAGUCGGCGACCGCGGUCGACUGCCGCGAUCAAAGGUAAUAUUCACCGAGCCACGAUCGCUUGGCGAUUAAAUCACUUGCUGCGAGAUCAACCAGCGGUUAUUGUACGUAGUGCCAGUAUCGCGUCGCACUCGCUUGUACCGAGAAAACUAUCGGAACUCAUCCUUGAGCCAGGGGCGUAGCUACCGCCGAUAUCAGCCAUAUCAAUGAUACGGGGUCCCCCGGACUACAGGGGCCUCUUACGUGUGAAAGCAAAAAUUAGUAAAAUGUUAACUAAUCUCAUUUAUCAUUAAUAAACCAUCUCGUUUAUCAUCUCAUAUCUGACGCUUUCCGAAAAAAAAACAUAUUAUAAAAAAAAAUUAUAAACUUUUCACUUCAGAAAUGACAAAAGUAAAAAAAAUAAUGUUUUAUUUUCGGGUUAAGCAUGCGCUCAAAAGUUGGAAACAUCUCACAUAGGUUAAGUCACAGUCAUAUUUAUUUUAAACAAGCAUUUUUGUUUCUUUUAUGAAGAAAUCCUUACCCAUAAUUUGGGCCCCCAACUUUAUUUGAUACCCUGAUACCCCCAACUUUAUUUGAUUGGCCCCUUUAAGGCAUGCUACAGCACUACCCAUGUCGCUCCUAGCCAACCACAAGUUCACAUCUCUAAUCGCUUCUCCUUUAUCAUCGGUGGUCGGACAAGUGCCUAAAUGUCGGCACAAACUUAAUUUUAAAUAUCCUUGUAUUUUUUUGUAGAUUCGUCAAUUUAUCAAUUUCUGUAACUUAUGUUUUAAUCUCAUUAAAUUGCCAAUAACGCCCUCUCGUACACAACAAAAAAAAAUUGCGUUAAAAUACCAACAAAUACUUGCGAGGCAUAGCAAUUUAUGAAAUAAUAAAUUGACCAUUGUAAUAUAAUGAAUACUGCUGAUUGGGGUGGAGUAUGUGAUGACAAAUCUUUAUUGUUAUAAUGAGCAUGUCAAUAUUCCUGACUUUAGUAUAAAUGUACAUAAUAGAAAGUUUAAGUAGAUACUAAAACCAAUUUGAUAUAAUUGUGUUCUAAAAAUGUAUUCAGUAUUUUGAUUAUGUUCACGGUGGAAAACCUAAGUGUUUGUUAUUAAUUUGAGUUUGUAUACGUAUUGCGUAGUGGACUUGGCAGGCUAUUGAUAACUUAGGGUACAUUUACACGAGCGGCAACUCUAUCGACGACCGCAGUCGACUGCAGUCAGCGACGUCUCGGCGGCAGCCAAUGGCAGUCGACUGCAGUUGGCGACGUCUCGGCGGCAGCCAACGGUAGUCGACUGCGAUCGUCGGUAGCAGCUGCCGCUCGUGUAAAUGAACACUUAGACGAUUUUAAUUUUCGUAGUUGUAGGAGCGAGCGUCCCGACGUCACGCCGCGAUUUUGGAUAUAUUAAUAUUAAAAUCCUAAGUUAAGGUUGUUCACUCCCAAGAGUUCACGCAUUGAAUUGCUGAUACCAGAGUGUGAAUUGAUUUGUAGCUGGCUCUCCGUUUGCAUUUUGUUGACGUCCUUACUGUAUAUAACUAAUAUAUUUGCGGUUAAAUCAAUAAAUUAUCGUUUCAAAAACUUAA